AUGCAUCGAGCAAGCUCUCACACCACCAAACCCGAACGGAUAAAACAAGAAGGCUUUUUCAAAAUUUGUAAUCAUGUCUCCAUAAUCAUUUUUCUGUUGACAAUAAUUUUAAUAACGAAUUAUACAGAGUUGGUCCGGUGUGGGAAAUUCUCUCUCAGCUCUUCCGGUAUCGAUUGGUGGAAUAAUUAUCAACAAACGCAGGUAACACCAAAAUCAACAACGGAUGCUGGCUCCGAUGAUAUCGAUUAUUCAAAUCUUUUUGUAGACUCUCCUCCACAGCUUUCACUGUUUGGAGUUCACAAGAUUAUUACUGCCAAGUUUGUCAAUUCCAGUUUAAACGAAUUUAUGUAUUUACCAUCAAAACGCAGCUCUACCAUGUCGUUUUACUUCCUUACAGUUGUAAAUCAAUUUGGAUUCAUGAAAAUUGACUGCUUAAACGUUUUUAACUCAUUGGAACCAUCAAAAGCUAUCACACGAACCAUAGUUUUGGGAAAAUAUAAUUUAGAAGAACAGAGAGUCACGUGGGCUGUCAGAAAAUCAAUUGAUUUUUACUUUGGUCGACCGUUUGCUUAUGUCACCAAUAACGACGAAAUAAUCAUCGUCUGUAAUAUCAAAAACGAUCAAGGAAUUUACUCCAAACGAUUUUAUCAAAUUAAAGGUGACACGGACGAAGAGCCAAGCUUUGAGACACUCAACACGAGCAAAGAGGUGAACAUUGUCAUGGAAGGCUCAAUAGAUAGAAAUGGUGCAUCCAAGUGGAAUGUAAAGCUUGUCUAUGAUGACAAAGAUUUCUUCGAGAUGCACAACAUUAUGGUCUCCUCUGUGACCCAACCAAAGCAGGAUCCACUGAUGGUCGCUUUUAAUUUUCUUGGUACAGGAGAUUUGAAAACGUUUGACACAGCCUCAGAUAAUUUUGUUACUCAAACAUAUUAUAGAGAUGGAAAACGACAAAACUACAAAAUAAGUAGUGUUUAUCCAGCUGCUACUGUAGUAUCAGUGACAGAGAGAGGAGUCUUUCAAGAAAUGUUUACCUUGAGAACAUAUCCAAACGAAAACGUCACAAAUCCAAUGAUUACUGUUAGAAAAUUUUUUUAUGACUCAAAAAAGCAGACCUUUAUCUUGCUAGCGUUUGUUUCAGGAGCUUUGGGUUUUACCAAAACAUCAACCAUGGGCGCUGUAGAGGGCUUCAUGUUAUACAAUAAUGCAUCUUUCAUGGGAAGCUAUGUAAUUGUUUCAUAUGAAAAAGGCAAAACGCCGACAUGUGUCAAAACCUCUUACUUUGGUGAGGAUCCUGUCAUCACAAGUGGUUAUUUCAUAAGCAAGAGACUGCUACCAAUAUCAAAUGAUACAGCCCUACUCUACCUGGAAGUUUUCGAAACGAAAACUGGCUCUCUAAUUGACUCGAGUCAGAUAGAAAUUAAGUGUGAUAAUCCUCUUGAUUUGAAAUUCUCCAUUUUAUAUGAAAAGAGAAGGUAUUUGAUUCUGCAAAAUGAGUUGGUGUUUAUUCUGUACUUGAAUACACACCCUCCUUCCACAUUAUACGAUUAUACGUGCCACCAACAAUUGGUUUGUCGAGAGCGUGAUGGAGAUAAUUUAUGUAAUGGUCACGGCACUUGUAGACUUGAUGGCUCAUGUGGCUGUGAUACAUAUUAUUUGGGAACAUACUGUGAAACAUAUUUCUUUGUUCAAUUAUUUGUAAUUAUUGGUGUGAUCAGCUUUUUGUUGGUUGUUUUUAUUGGAAGCUUUUCCACAUUGUUGGGAUUGUAUCUCUAUAAAUCCAUCAAUCAUAGACUAACAAAGCUUAAAAAAAAGGAACAAGCAGAGCAAGAGCUGGAACAAAAAUUACUCGAGUACGAAGGUCUCCAAAUUAACGAGAGAGCGAUUGAUCUUAAUACCUGGAUUAUUCCAUUUGAUCAGCUUACUAUUGAGAGAGAAAUUGUGAACACAUCUGGAAAAACAAUUCUUCAAGGAAAUUGGAAAGGAACCAUUGUUGCUGUGAAAAAAGUUCAGUUAAACGAGUCUGUAGAUUAUAUGGGUGAGAGUCAGGAAUUAUUGUUGGAUAAAUCGCUAGAAAGGGAGGCGUCUAUCAUGAGUAGAGUAAGACAUCCAAAUAUCUUACGGUUUUGGGGACUAUGUUUUACGAAAACAGAUCAAUUUUUGGUUACUGAGCUUUUCGAUUACAGUUUAGACUCACUCAUAGAAGAUCUUCGCAAAAAUACGUUUUAUUUGCCAACACAAGUGAAAAUUCAAAUUUUACAUGACAUUGCUUGUGCCAUGACUUAUUUACAUGAAUUUCAACCUCCAAUUCUUCACAGAAAUAUUAAGCCAUCCACUAUCAUGCUUUGUGACGAUAUCAAAUAUGGAAAAGUUCUCACCAGCAUCAAACCUAAAAUUGCUGAUUUUGGUUUGAGUACCCAUUUACGAGAGGACAAUGUACUUACCAUGCAAAUUGGUACCGUUCUGUAUUCAGAUCCGCUUAUUUUCAAAGGUGAAAGAUACUCUGAAAAGUGUGACGUGUACAGCUUUUCCAUGUUAAUGUAUGAACUAUUUUUUGAAACAGAGCCAUAUUCUUCAUCUGAAAGAGUUGGUGAAGUUAAGGAACAAUACAAUCAUUACAGCGUUCUUCCUUCAAAGAUUGUUGAAGGAUAUAGACCAAAAGUGCCAUUCUCUAAGGCUCUGGAUUCUAUUGGAGAUUGGAUGGAAGACAAUUUAGAACUAGUGAACGAGAGAAUUAUCGAUCCAGAGUUUUUAGCAAGAAGUAUCCAAUCCUUCAUUGAACUCAUGAAGAAGUGUUGGUCAGGAGAUCAAGAUGAACGACCUUCCUUCAGAGUUAUUCAAGAUACUCUAUCUCAAAUCCUGAAAGGAGAGAUCAAAUCAAGUAAUUGUAACAAGACAGUGAACUGCAUAUUGAGGACAUAUUGA